ACUGCAACGUUUCAGCGUGGUGUACUUGGUUUAGAUUUCUGUGCUGAUAUACAUAGCGGUCGACAUUUUUACCUAUACAUAUAUUGCAGUUCAUCAUGCCGAAGUGCAUUAAGAUGGAUCGUUUUCGAUACAUAAGCGGUGAGGCUUGGCGUGCUUUAACAGCAAUCGAGAUGGGGCUAAAAAAUCAUGAAGUCGUGCCUCCGGAGUUGGCACUCAAAAUUUCUCACCUCAGACGAAGUUGUAUCGGCUUCAGCCAUCUAGUUCAAGAACAGUUGAUAUUAAAUAAGUUGGUAGCCUACGAAACUGAUAACAGACAUUCUAUGAAAGGAUAUCGUCUUACCAACUUGGGCUAUGACUACCUUGCUCUUAAUCAGCUUUUCAAAUCAGAACAAUUGGCUAGUCUUGGAACAAUGAUUGGGGCUGGAAAAGAGUCUGAUGUCUACAUAGCUACUGCUGGUGCGCGCUGCGGGCGUCUGUCAGAUGAUUCAGAAGACCUUUUGGAUGAGUUUCCAAAAGAAGGUGAUGCAGUCGUUGUUAAAUUUCACAGACUUGGGAGAACGUCGUUCAGAAAAGUAAAGGAAAAACGAGAGUAUCAUCAACACAGAAGUAGUUGCUCCUGGUUGUAUUUGGAUCGUCUUGCGUCUAGACGCGAGUUCGUUAUGAUGCAGAGCCUUCGGAGUAAGGGCGUUCCUGUUCCUAUCCCUUACACCCACAACCGAAAUGCUGUCGUCAUGUCAUAUGUUGCUGAUAGCUUGCCACUUUACAGAAUACUUCCUAGUAUUUUGAAUUCCAAUGAGUCUGCUCUUGCACAAUCACUUUACUAUCAAGCCAAAGAUAUAUUGGAGAGGGUUGUUUCUCUUGGUCUUGUUCAUGGUGAUUUGAAUGAGUUUAAUCUGAUGGUUUCCGAUUUGGACCCUGAAGAAAAUAUGGAUAUUAGUAAUCCCAAGCUGGUUCUUAUUGACUUCCCUCAAAUGAUCAGUCGUGACCACAAAUUAGCUAACACUAUUUAUGAACGAGAUGCAGAAGGUGUUGUCAACUUUUUCAGCCGUUAUUUCGAUAUUCCACUCGACGAUCUACCAUCUUCCCUCGAUUCUAUCAAACGGAUUGAUGAUGUUGACUUGCACUUAAAAGCUCCGGGUUACAUCUCCAAGAAUGCUACAAAUCGCCAUUCUCAACAUACAACAGAAGAUUCACUCUUAGGCCCAGUUGCACGACUUCAAUUAUCAUCAUUGGAAAAUAGUGAAGUUGAGGAGAAUACCUGUGACUCUGAUUCGGAUAGCGUCGACUCUACUACUGAUUCCCAAGAAAAUGAUCAAUCGCAAAUUGAAAAUGAUGGUGAGUCUGAUUCAGAGGAAAUAAACCACAAUGAGAAUGAUAAAAAGGAUAUUACAAGUGUGCAGGGGACAGAAAUUAAAACGGUACGUUUUUUCUAUAACCCGUAUCAAAUAUUAGACGAAACAUUCGUUCAAUCUUUAUAAUUGUUGUUCAGAAAUAUUGUUGAUCAGUUAGAUAUAGUAAAAAAAGUCGAGAAAGAAGUGAAGUUGGGUGGUAGAGUGAUAUAUUCUUUGGUAAUAGAAAUUCUAAUUGAGCGUCAUCAAUACGUAUCCUAACCUUUUUCUUCAAAAAACAAUAUAUGGUUUUCUGAAAAGCCAAUAAUUAAUAAAUUGCUCAAUUCCUUCUAAGUUUGUUGAGAUUCGCGAGUAAAGGUAUCCGUAAUCAGCUUUCAAAUCAUUUAGGUAAGAAUGAUAGACAAACUACUCUGCAGAAUAGUUUCAAGUGUUCCUUGGUUGCCUUGCCGUUUUGAGAGGAAGUUGUAGAUCAACUCAUUCACUAGGUACUUAAGUGUUAGUGGUUAUGGUAUUGUUAGAUCGGCUUACAAUAAACUCUAUCAGAGCCUCCAGAGAGGCUCAUAAAGAGACCAACCAAUCAGCGAUUAGUUAGAAGCUAUGCUACUAAAAUAACAAGGUCCUGAUUGGCUGUUAACAUACUGUUACUAUGGGAUCUCAAGGUCUUUUAGCUACUAUAAAACCCCUGUUUUUCUGUACAUAAUUGAACCUUGUAGUAAAGUGCUUCUCUGAUACUCGUGUCUUCUCUCUGGUCUUCCAAUUCGCUGAGUAGUGCUAGCCUGGGGUUAUCCGAAUAGCUAGGAUCCGAAUAAAACGUUCAACUUACGAGUCAUAACAGGUAUUACCUGCACGCCCAAACCGAAGUAGGUGAAACGGCGUUCGAACCUGGAACUUAAUGGUAGAAAAUUGAAUGUCUUGACCAUUAAGCCACCGCUCUGCAUCAUAGUAAAGUGUAAAGUACAAUAAAACGAGUAUCUGAUGUAUAAUGAUUUUUCAUAUCUUUUUUUCCUUCCUCUUAUGAAAUAUGUAAUGUAGAAUGUAAUGAAAUCACCUUAUUGUUUGAGUAAUUUAUUUCGUGAAUUUACUUUAGAAACCUACUUUGAUUACCGUUGAGGAAAUUCGCGAGCGUAAUCGUCGUGAAAGAAGACAUCAAAAACAAGUUGACUUCAAUCGUCAAAUCAAACGUCAUAAUCGCGCUGCUAUAAAACGUCAGGGUCGUCUUAAUAUGAAGACUGAAGCAUUACUUUUUGGAUAACUCAAGUUGUUUUUUUGUAUUUUGUUAAUUAUUCGACCAACAAUAUUUCAACAGAUGUACCUAUAUUUUCUGCUAUUAACAUAAACUACUGUGAAUAUUUCAAUCUCUUUCAGAAUCUUUAUAUAUAUAUUGUACACAAUAUUAAGAAGGAAAUUGUAUAGUUACGGUAUUUUAAAAAUUUGGUUUUCUCGUAAUUUCAGAACUUGUAUUGUUUUUGAUCUUGUUAUUAACUUUAUAAUUUAUAAAUUGUAAAUAAAUGAUUUUCUGGUU